AUAUAGGUUCAUGUUCUGUUCCCGUGCUAAUGUUUUUUUGACUUUUGUUCCACUUUUUCUGUUUAGCGCUUUCUCAUUCUUCAUUCUUUAUUCUUUAUUCUUCUUCAUGAUUAAUGAACCAAAUCAUCAUUUUCACUCUAAAAAAACGCUACACAAAAACCCUUCUUCCAAUAUCUCAUUACACAACCCUUUCACUCCCACUCCCACUCCAAUCUCUACAAUGUGGAACUUUACUUCAAGCACUCACCAACUCCAAAUUCAUCACACAAACACAACAACUCCACGCUUACUUAAUCAUUUCCGCCACACUUCUCCACAACACAUACCUUUCCACAAAACUCGCCUCAUGCUACGCUUCAUGCGGUUUUAUGCAUCAAGCUCAACUCAUAUUCGACCAAAUCUUGUUAAAGAAUUCGUUUUUAUGGAAUUCUAUGAUAAGAGGCUAUGCUUCUAAUGGUAGUUCGUUGAAAUCAGUUUUUCUUUACCGUCAAAUGUUGAGGUUUGGACAAAAGCCUGAUAAAUUUACUUACCCCUUUGUUCUUAAAGCUUGUGGUGAUCUUUUGGGGUUUGAAAUGGGUAGGAAGGUUCAUGCUUUGGUUUUGGUUGGUGGGUUUGAGUUAGAUGUUUAUGUGGGGAAUUCGCUUGUUUCGAUGUAUUUGAAGUUCGGUGAGAUGGAAAUUGCGCGGUAUCUGUUUGAUAAAAUGCCUGUCAGAGAUUUGACUUCUUGGAACACUUUAAUGUCUUGGUAUGUUAAGAAUGGUCAACCAGGGGAGGCUUUUAUGGUUUUUGAUGAUAUGAGAAGAUAUGGUGUUGUUGGAGAUGGGACUACCAUGCUUGCGAUUCUUAGGGCAUGUGGUGAUCUUAUGGAUUUAAAGAUGGGGAAAGAAGUUCAUGGUUAUGUUGUUAGGAAUAGUGGGAAUGGUAAAAUGUGUAAUAAUAGUGAGUUUUUGAUGAAUUCCUUGAUUGAUAUGUACUGUAACUGUGAUUUCAUAUCUGGUGCUAGGAAAUUGUUUGAAGGGUUAAAAGUGAAGGAUAGUGUUUCAUGGAAUUCUUUGAUUUCUGGCUAUGAAAAGCGUGGGGAUGCUUUUGAAGCUAUUGAACUUUUCAGUCAAAUGUUUAGGGGAGCUAAAGUUGCUGAUGAAGUCACUGUUAUUUCGGUGCUUGGUGCUUGUAAUCAAAUCUCCGCUUUGCUGUUGGGAUCGUCUGUUCAUUCUUAUAUUGUUAGAAAGGGUUUUGGAGGGAAUACUGCGGUUGGAACUGCCCUUGUUAGUAUGUACUCUAACUGCGGAAGUUUAGUUUGUGCACAUCGCACUUUUAAUGAGAUGCCUGAAAAGAGUUUGGCUUCUUGGACAGUUAUGCUUACAGGAUUUGGAAUUCAUGGGAAGGGAAGAGAGGCUAUGUCCAUGUUUUAUGAAAUGUUGGGUAAAGAUAUUACUCCAGAUCAGGGAAUUUUCAUUUCAGUUUUAUCGGCCUGUAGUCAUUCUGGAUUAGUGGAUGAAGGUAAAGAAAUUUUUGAUAAAAUGAUCCGAAAGUACAAUGUGGAGGCUGGACCUACUCAUUAUUCAUGCCUGGUAGAUCUACUUGGAAGGGCAGGGAGGUUAGAUGAAGCGUAUGCAAUUAUCAACAAUAUGAAACUGAAACCUAAUGAGGAUGUUUGGAUUGCUCUCCUUUCUGCUUGCAGAUUACAUCGGAAUGUCAAGUUAGCUGAGAUAUCAUCUCAAAAGCUUUUUGAAAUGAAUCCAAAUAGGGUGAGUGGUUAUGUUUGCCUUUCCAACAUCUAUGCUGCUGAGAGACAGUGGAAGGAUGUUGAAAAGGUGAGGGCAUUGGUGAAAAAUCAAAGAUUGAGGAAACCGCCUAGUUACAGUUUUGUCGAGCUAAAUAAGACGGUUCAUCAGUUUUUCGUUGGAGAUAAGUCUCACCAUCAGUCAGAUGAUAUAUAUGCCAAAUUGGAAGACUUGAAUGAAAAACUCAAGAAAGACGGGUACAAGCCUGACACGAGCUCGGUUCUCCACGAUGUUGAAGAAGAAAUAAAGGAGAAGAUGCUCUGGGAUCAUAGCGAGAGGUUGGCACUUGCUUUUGCUCUUCUUAAUACUAGUCCAGGGACCACAAUCAGAAUAACAAAAAAUCUUCGUGUGUGUGGAGAUUGCCAUACGGUAAUGAAAAUGAUUUCUAAGCUCGUGAGCCGAGAGAUUAUCAUGCGAGAUAUCUUGAGGUUUCACCAUUUUAAAGAUGGCCUAUGCUCAUGUGGUGGAUAUUGCAUCGAAAUAUAUACGCUCCAAUAUACUGAAGAUGAUUUCUCCUUAAAAGGAGAAGCCUCACUCUUAGACACCAUGCGUUACCACUGAUAUUUUUGCCUUUUGCUCAAAAAGAUGUCCAAAAAUUCAUUUAGUCACUAUUCCAUUUUCAAGUUGUGCUUCUUUGUGCAACCUAAUUGCCAUUAGCAAGUAAGUUCUCCGAUACUUGUUAUUUUGUUUUUCUACAUGAGCUUACUUUUCUCUUUAUGCCAUAUUAUGGUGCCUGAAUAUGGUUGACGACUGAGAUGAAAUAACCAACCAAUGAAAGGAUUUGAGAAUACAUGAGACGCGGUAGAGAGAGUAGAUGAAGAAAUAGGAAGAUGCAGUAAGAAUUUGUUGUAUAUAGUAAAAUCAAACUUAGAUACUAAUAGAUUGCACCAAACACAAGAAAACCAUAUUGGCUCAAUUUCCUUGAUCUUCGGGUUCACAAUCAUUUUACCCUCAGACCAUGUAGCUUUUAUUUUAAAUUAUCCUAUGGUUUUAGUUUUCUACCAAAAUUCUUGUCUUUUGAAUAUAAGUACUUAGUUAGCAAUAUAACAAAAAAGCUCUAAUUUCAGUGAUUUGAUUUCUGUGAACAAAACUCACCUGGUUCUAUUCUAAUGCCUUUAGAAAGGGUAUUUAAUUUUUCUUCUUGUAUAUUAUGCAUUGCCUUCUUUUGAGAUUGAUUGGUUUUCAUGGAUGCAGUAUUAAUCCUUUCAUAUACUCACUUCAAAUUGUCAAAUCCUAACAAAUAAGAGCAAUUUGCAAGAUUUUUAGAAAUGGUUUAUGUUGAAGUUGUAGGAUUUUGGAGAAAAGGAGUAGAGAAAAUAAUAAGAGCUUGAAUAUUAUUGAUAAUAGCUUAAUGAUGACUUGAUU